AUGGCUGUUCUUGGAAUGAUACCUGCCAUUAGCUCAAAUUCCCCUGUUUUGACUUUACUUCCUCUUUCGACUGUUGUGUUUCUUACAGCAUGUAAAGAUGCCGUGGAAGAUUUGAAUCGUCAUAAAAUUGAUGAUAAAUAUAAUAGUGCUACUUGCUAUCUUUUACAAAAUUUUAUUAAUUUUAACUAUCCGGAUCAGAAAAAACUUUCUCUAUGGAAACGAAUACUACUUAGAAUAAAACUUUUUUUUAACUGGAACAAAUUAAAACCUCGGGAAGGUCAGAAUCCUAUCAAUGAUGAUAUUCCAUGUAAACCUUCAAAUGAAAUAAAUGGUCAACCUGAAUUUAAAAAAGUUAUGUGGAAAGAUGUUCGUGUUGGUGACUUUUUAUUUCUCAAAAAUGGUGAUGCUGUACCUGCUGAUGCCAUAAUUAUAUCAACUUCUGAGCAAAAUGGUACUUGUUUCGUAGAAACUAAAGAUCUUGAUGGUGAAACUAAUCUUAAACCUCGUAGAUGUGUUGCUGUUGAUGCCUUAAAACAUAUCACUUCUCCUGAAGAAUGUUCAAAAGCUAGGUUUUGGAUUGAUUCGGAACCUCCAAAUUCUAAUCUCUUCAGCUAUAAUGCAAAAUUAACCAUAGUCUCCGAAAUUGAUUCAUUGCAAGAACAAGACUUCAAUUCAAUCACUUCUGAAAGAGGUCAAAAUCCUCGAAUAAAGUCGAAAAACGCUAUUCCUAUUGAUAUAAAUAAUUUAUUAUUACGUGCUCAUGUUAUUCGAAAUACUGAAUGGGUCAUUGCUAUAACUGUUUUUACCGGUAUCGAUACUAAAAUUAUGCUUAAUUCUG